AUGUGCUUCUAGUUUUGAUGAUUUGGAUUAUACAUCUAAGAUGUUUGAAGAAUGUCCUAUGAGGCUAUACUUGGUCAGAUCGCGGAGAUGUUUAAGGGUGUUUUCUUAUUUAUUCAGAAUAUUACGUGUUAGACAACUGGAAUCCUAAAACGCUUUAGUUAUUGAAAAUUUGAAUGAAAAAACAGGACCCAGAGUUUUUCUUAUUGUUACUUAUGAGAUCUUAAGAGAGCUGAGUUGUGGAUCUCACUUUGAUAGGCCAUGUUGGUAGCCACUGGGGGUUUUGCCGAUCUCUGCUGACUCUCUGCUGACUGGGUAUUUGGUUUCUUGCCUCGAGUUUCUGGAGAGUAAGAGAGUGAAGACGGUUGAGGAAACGAAAGUUUUUAUGGGUUUGAUUUGUUAGAGGCAGAAAAGACACCAUUUGAGUAUUUUUGUCCUUCAAAAAAAAAAAAAAGUUGGCUGCUUUCGCUCAAAAGUCAACUAUAUGCACUGGUUAUUCUAAUGCGUAUAUUUCAAAGCUCUUCUAGGUGUGUAAAACGGGCAUGAGUGAAUCGAAGAUGAAGAAGAAGAAUCACUGUGGUUCAAUCAGAGGAGAACUCUAUUUUCUCCUAGCAUACGCAGCAGUCUUCUAUUUUUUUGUCAUUCGUCGCUCUCUUCAAAUCUCUACUGAUCACUAUAAAAAACUCUACGCAUUACGUCCCGGCUGGCUCUCUAAUUUUCUCAAUGAUGUCUCUGAUGCUCAAUGGAGAAAUUUUCGUUCUAAUAUACCUAUUCUUUCUGUGGUUUUUGGAGUUUUCGCCACAUUGGCCAAUUCCCUUAGAGCUAUUUUUCAUUUUAGAGCCAAGGGGAUGUCAAUUCUCUGGCUUUUCCUUUCUUUAGUUUACCUAUUCUAUCUACAUGGAGCUUGUGUUAUAUUUAUUCUCUCUAUUGCCUCCCUUAAUUUUCUUCUGGUCAAGGUUUUUGCCCGAACAAACUACUUCCCAUUUCUACUUUGGGGCUUCAACAUAUUUUUCCUAAUAUGUAAUCGUGUUUAUGAAGGAUAUUCAUUGUCAUUAUUGGGGCAACGAUGGUCAUAUUUGGACAACUUUCGGGGGACCUUUAGAUGGCAUAUUUGCUUUAACUUUGUUAUUUUGCGCAUGAUAAGUUUUGGAUAUGAUUACUAUGUGGCCCAUCAGGAUUCUCGAUUUGAUCACAAGAAGCAUGUCCAACGUUGCCAAAAUUGUAAAUUCGGAGAAAGCUGCUUGGAAGUUCUACAGGAAAGAAGUAUCAUUGAAAGUUUCACCUUUAGUAUAUACAUCUGUUAUUUGGUAUAUGCACCUCUUUACAUUGCUGGGCCUAUUAUAAGCUUCAAUGCGUUUGCUUCACAGUUAGAUGUGCCUCAAAGCAACUACCCAAGAAGAGAUGUGGUUUGGUACGGGUUACGUUGGGUAUUUAGUCUUUUUCUAAUGGAACUAAUGACACAUCUGUUCUAUUACAAUGCUUUUGCAAUCAGUGGCAUUUGGAAACUAUUAUCUCCUUUGGAUGUUUUCAUAAUUGGAUAUGGGGUCUUAAACUUCAUGUGGUUAAAGUUUUUUCUGAUCUGGCGCUAUUUUCGCUUCUGGUCACUGAUAUGUGGCAUCAAAACAUGGGAGAAUAUGCCAAGGUGUCUUAAUAAUUGCCACAGCUUGGAAACAUUUUGGAAAAAUUGGCAUGCUUCCUUCAACAAAUGGCUUGUGAGGUACAUGUAUAUUCCUCUUGGGGGUUCUCGAAGAAAACUUUUGAAUGUUUGGCCUAUAUUCACGUUUGUUGCUUUAUGGCAUGAUCUAGAGUGGAAGCUUCUUUCAUGGGCAUGGUUAACUUGCUUUUUCUUUAUUCCAGAAAUGACAGUGAAAUCAGCAAUGACUACAUUUCAGGCUGAGAGUGCUUUUGGGGAAUUCAUUUUCCGAGAACUCAGUGCACUUGCUGGUGCCAUCACAAUCACUUGUCUCAUGAUUGCGAACCUUGUUGGUUAUGUUAUUGGACCAUCAGGCCUUAAUUGGUUGAUGUCUCAAUUUCUUACAAGAGAAGGAUUGCCUGUAUUGGUUGGCAUGUUUAUAACCUUCUAUGUUGGGACAAAGCUGAUGUUCCACAUCCAAGAUGCCAAGCUAGGGCAGCAGUAAACCUAGUGCCUGAUUGAUGUUUAUUUCUUGGCGUAUGUUCCCUGAGCUGUUAAUUUGUAGAAAUAGGAAUGCAGAUUUUGAAUUGUUAUUUGCAUAUUCAUUUUGAGGACUUGGGAUUUGCUCAAUAAAUUUUUCGAUGACAACCAUACUUCACAUUGGCUAGUAGUAACAAAAUUUCAUUUUAUACUUGAAUUGUAUAAGGUAAAAUGAUGGGGAAAUAUCUUUUGCAGAUUGCUAUUUUAGUUGUUCCUCUUCA